AGACACAAACAGCUUGUUAGAGCUGAGCUGUCCUACUACAGCAGCUGCUGGACCCUAGGACAGAGCACAGGCAACCGCUGCAUCCACCUCCAGCCCAACUGAAUCCAGCUCCAACCACCAGUUUUGGUUCAUCUUGCCUGGUGCCAUGACCUUCUCCGAGAUUCUGGACCGUGUUGGAAGCAUGGGCCCCUUCCAGUACCUGCAUGUGACCUUGCUGGCCCUCCCAAUCCUCGGACUAGCCAACCACAACUUGCUACAGAUCUUCACAGCCACCACCCCUGACCACCACUGUCGCCCGCCCCCCAACGCCUCUCUAGAGUCCUGGGUACUCCCCUUGGGCCCAAAUGGGAAGCCUGAGAAGUGUCUCCGCUUCGUGCAUCUGCCAAACGUCAGUCUUCCCAAUGACACCCAGGGGGCCACCGAGCCAUGCUUGGAUGGCUGGAUCUACAACAGCACCAGAGACACCAUUGUGAUAGAGUGGGACUUGGUAUGCGGCUCCAACAAACUGAAGGAGAUGGCACAGUCAAUCUUCAUGGCAGGCAUACUGAUUGGAGGACCUGUGUUUGGAGAACUGUCAGACAGGUUUGGCCGCAAGCCCAUCCUGACCUGGAGCUAUCUCUUGCUGGCAGCCAGUGGCUCCAGUGCUGCCUUCAGCCCCAGCCUCACUGUCUAUAUGAUCUUCCGAUUCCUGUGUGGCUGCAGCAUCUCGGGCAUUUCUCUGAGCACCGUUAUCUUGAAUGUAGAAUGGGUACCCACCUCCAUGCGGGCCAUCUCAUCAACAACUAUUGGGUACUGCUACACCAUUGGUCAAUUCAUUCUGCCUAGCCUGGCCUAUGCCAUUCCUCAGUGGCGCUGGCUACAGUUAUCCGUGUCUGCUGCCUUCUUCAUCUUCUCCUUGUUGUCCUGGUGGGUACCAGAGUCCAUACGCUGGCUGGUUCUGUCUGGAAAAUUCUCAAAGGCCCUGAAGACACUCCAACGUGUGGCUACCUUCAACGGCAAGAAGGAGGAAGGGAAAAAGCUCACUGUGGAGGAGCUGAAGUUCAACUUGCAGAAGGACAUCACCUCAGCCAAGGUCAAAUAUGGCUUAUCUGACUUGUUCCGAGUAUCCAUCCUGCGCCGUGUGACCUUCUGUCUCUCUCUGGCCUGGUUUGCUACUGGUUUUGCCUACUACAGUUUGGCUAUGGGAGUAGAAGAAUUUGGAGUCAACAUCUACAUACUCCAGAUGAUCUUUGGUGGGGUUGACAUUCCCGCCAAGUUCAUCACAAUCCUCUCCAUAAGUUAUCUGGGCCGGCGCAUCACUCAGGGCUUCCUCCUGCUCCUGGCAGGAGUGGCCAUCUUGGCCCUCAUCUUUGUGUCUUCAGAAAUGCAGCUCUUGAGAACAGCACUGGCUGUAUUUGGGAAGGGAUGCCUGUCUGGCUCCUUCAGCUGCCUCUUCCUCUACACAAGUGAGCUCUACCCUACAGUCCUCAGGCAAACAGGUAUGGGUGUGAGUAACUUAUGGACUCGAGUGGGAAGUAUGAUGGCCCCACUGGUGAAAAUCACGGGAGAACUGCAGCCCGUCAUCCCUAAUGUCAUCUUUGGGACCAUGAGUCUACUGGGAGGCAGUGCUGCCUUCUUUCUGCUUGAGACCCUCAAUCGGCCCUUACCAGAGACUAUCGAGGACAUACAAGACUGGUGCCAGCAAACCAAGAAAACAAAGCAGGAGCCAGAAGCAGAAAAGGCAUCCCAGACAAUCCCGCUGAAGACUGGUGGAUAGGACCGUAGCUAAGAACAACAGAAUCCUCUUUCCUGCCUUCCAGAGACUGAUCCCAAGCAGGGCCCUUCCAAGGCUACUCGGGCACCUUAGGGGUUGGGUGGAGCCCCAGCUGAGUCCAUGCUCUUGGAACAAAGACUUCUGAGAGUUCAGCAAAAGUGUUACCUUCACCACCUCCACCAUAGCUCACAACACAGCCCUAGCCAUAUUCACCCCUGCACUCAUCCUCCCUGCAACCCAGGCCCUGCCAUUCUUCUCUCUACCCUCUUUGUAUUGGCCAUUUCCUCCAUUGUCCCACCUCCAUUUCCCUUUGAGAUUCCCUGGCAGUUCUAAUGGUUUCCUCUUACCUUCCCCAAACUCCUCCUUGGUGAGAAAUUUCAAUAAACCACAAUGAAGAACUCAGGCCAUGCUUCGUGGGAAAGAGGGCUGGCCAUGAUGUGGACAUGUGAGCACACACACAUACCACGCACACACACUUGUCCAUCUGUACCAUAUGAACAUAAAGACAUGGGAACUAAACUGCAUGCAAGCUGGCCUGCUAUGAAUGCAUACAUGUGUCCUAGUCUGCAGGUAUAACAAACUACCACAAGCUGGAUUGUCUGAAUAACAGAACUGUGUUGCUCAUAGUUGUAGAGGCUCGGAAGUCCAACCUGGGUCAAGGGAUCGGGCAUUCAGUGACUGGUGAGAACCUUCAUAGUGUGUCUCUACAAAGCUGGUUCUGUCCAGCUAUUUCAUCAGGCACUAAUCCAUUUCCUGAGAACAGAGCUGUGUUAGCUUUCUAUCACCAUGACAAAGUACCUGAGGUAAACAACUUAAAAUGAAAGUUUAAUCUGGGCUCUCAGUUGGAGGUUUUGUUCCAUGCUCACUAGGCAUUGUUGCCUCAGAGCCACUGCAGAACAUCAUCACGGGUAGCACUUGAGCCCUCUCCAAGGGUUUAUAUUCCCGAGGCCUGCUAAUCAAAUACUUCCAGAACCCUACAUAUUAGGGUUUCUAUUGCUAUGGUAAAACACCAUGAUUAAAAGCCUCUCUGGGAGAAAAGGGUUUAUUUCAUCUUACAAUGCUCAGGUUCCACCUCCUCAAAUCAGGGCAGGAACUGAAGUAGAGGUCAUGAAGGAACACAGUUUACUGACUGCUCCUCUUGGCACCACCAGCCCAGGGGUGGCAUCAGCCAUAGUGGGCCAGGCCCUGCCACGUCAAUCAUUAAUCAUGCCAAUACCCCACAGGUUUGUCUACAUGCCAGUCUUAUGGAGGGAUUUCUCAAUUAGGAUUCCCUCCUCCUAACUCGUGGUAUGUGACAAAAAAAAAAA